AUGCCGUACGAGCUUCCAACAACUCCCAAAGAGAGGAUAACCGCCGCCCGCGGCUACAAAGCAGCAUUGCAAAAUGACCGCGUCUCGGUUGAGGCCAAGGAUCAUGCACGGGAGAUGCUGCUCAAGUUGAAUGAGGAAGAGGCCCGCCAGGAACUCGGCGAAGAAAGUGGGCAUGUGCCGUAUCACCGCCACCAACAACGUUCGUAUGAGAACGAGAGACCAAGCUCCCCUGAGGGAAUAAUUGGUGCAGCUCGUGGCUAUAAAGCAGCUAUCCAUAACCCACUCGUCUCGGAAGAGGGAAAAGAGCAUGCCUGGAACAUGUUGGAACAGAUGGACGACGAAGAAGCUCGGCAGGAGUUAUACCAUCAAGAUGACAGGCCUAAAGAUCCUGUCAGAGUUGAGGCGGGUCUAAAAGCCGCACAGAAAAAUCCGCUCGUUAGUGAGGAUGGUCAUCGCCGAGCCACCGAGCAGUUACGUGAUAUGGAAGGAUAA